CAAUCCCUCAUUUGGAGAAUCUAAGGUCUCAAUUAGAAGAGGCAAGUUGUUUUAACUUAGAUGAAAUCUCAGGGUAAACCCUACGUAUACCAUGAGCUAAUCCUGAGUUGUUUUUAGGAGGUAAAAUUGCUUGGAGAUUCCAUGGCUCAGUUAAAGGUCGCCCAGCAAAAGUUUGGAGAUUCUAAAGAAAAUGUAAAGAAAAUGAACAACAAGGAAUCAGGUGGGUUUGGUUAUAACUUCUUUUAUCUAAUCGCUCUUUUCCCAUACAAGUUGUUUGAUUUGCUUGAUUUUUUUUUAUUCCCGAUCACUUAUUUUACAAUUUUUUAGGAAAAGAUAUACUUGUGCCAUUAACAAGCUCUGUAUCCUUUUUGCUCCUUUUGCGUUGAACAUUAAAUGUAUACUUUCUUUUUACAUAAGUAAAGAAAUAAAUAUGUAACUGAUUACAUUUUUAGAAUACCUAGCCUGAGAAAACAGUCACGAUUUCGUGACUCCAUCGCUGGUUCCACCGCGAAAUAUUUAAGUCUGAGGAACGGGUGCAGAAGUUCCGAUGCUUCCAAUUAGUUGCAUCAAAUUUUAAAGCAAUCAGAAGCUUUACUCAGAUCUGCAGUGUAGUGAUGUGUCAUCAGUAUGGAAUUUCUGCUCUUGUUCCUCAGAUGCCAUUUCGUGGGGGUGAGGAAAAAAAAUAGACCCCCCAUUUUGGACUGGGUCGAAAAUGGUUUACUGUUAAGUCGCCCGAAAGUCAUCUCGCCCAAAAUGUUUAGUCAAGUCACCCGAAAUGCUAAGUUAAAUGUGGGUUGAAAUUUUAUCAUGCACAACAAUAUCCUAGCAUCCGUAUUACCAUUUGCUGCGCUUGUUUCUUCUGAUCAACGAUUAUAGAACGACAUAUAUUACUCGUUUAUCAUGCUUGUCUUGUUGUUAAUCAAGGGUUACACAUUUAUAGUGCUUGUUUGUCUCAUCGAGAUAUAUAGCACACCCUUUUUUUAAAACAAAAAUUAACUUUGUUUCUCUGUGUACUUCACCUGAUAAAAUUCGAGCAACAUGACUGCAUUUUGGGCGACUUAACUUGGGCUUCAGGCGAAAUAACCUCGGGCAUGAUGACUUUCGGGCGACUUGACCAGUUACCUCCAAAAUACAAGUAGCUCGUGGCAUUUUUUUUAUCCAAACCAUCUUCCCCUUUUGUCCUCUGAAAAGCAAAUGAAAGGAGAAUGCAAAAUCCCACAUUCUUGGUAAACUAGGAACAAAAUACCACUAAAUCAUCAGUGGUUAGAACUGUCACGUGCUACCCUCAUUAAAUAAAGCUAUCUGUAUAUAUCUUUGUAAAGACUAUUUUAUGUUAAAAAUAAAUAAAUACAUUAUUUCAUCCUUGAGUCACCUUAGAUGUAUGUCCCCGGAACACUUGAAAAUACUGAAUCUGUUUUAGUGAAUAUUGGAACCGGCUACUUUGUAGAAAAGGUAAUGAUUAUUUUCAGGAAUGUGAAUCUUUUAGUUUCUUUUUUCCUUGAAGCCGUGGUUUAAUGUUUGUAAGUUUACGUUUUGGAAUAGCCUACAUAGCAGGUAUCAAAGGGUUAGGGAAUCAGGAGCCCAGGGGGGUGGGCGUGGGGGUACUCCAGAUUUUUUUGGGUUUGAAAUGUUCAAUUCCGGGAUUUUUUGGGUAGUAGAAUUUGGCAAGUAUUUUUUCGGGUGGCCUGAUUUAAGUAGGGAUUUUUUUUAGUGAUUCAGAACAUGAUAGUGCCUGCGUGUCCCAGCCGCAUCAUUUUGCGAUUUAAAUACAACCAAUUUUGUUUUCGUUUCUGGAGAUUUUUAAGGCUCAGAAAUUCAGCAUGGGAUUUUUUUUGUGGUUAAUUUUUGGUCCAGGAACUUUUUGGGGGGUUUUGUUUGAAGCCCUAGGGAUUUUUUUUGGUUUUGAUAUUUGGCCCCAUUCAAUCCUCCCUGUCACUUGAAAUCCGAAGUUCCCCCCACCCUUCCCCCUGGGGUUUGGAGAAGGCAAAAAGGAAGUCUUUUCUCUCCCUCCCCAGUUUUUGCACCUGUGAGGCAGUCUGUUUUGGAAAAGUGUGAGUUUACAUCACAUCUAGUUGAUUAUCGAUAAUUCUUAACUUUACUUAUUAUUUGUUUUGUCUCUCAUCUAGGGACUAAAAGAAGCUGAGCAAUAUUUUGGUAGAAAAGUUGAUCUAGUAACCAAACAGCUGGAACUCCUUCAACCAAAAUUACUUGAAAAACAUAAACUAAAACAAGGUAGGUAGGAAACUCAAAGAUGACAGUGGGUGUCAUCCAUUCAACAAUAAAUUCUGGUUUCAAAUCAAGAAAGUUCAAUGUGUGAAAUGAAACAUGUCACAGGUUUUUUAGUUGUUUAAAAAUUUCAAGGAUUUUUUUUGCAGCAUGUUCUUGACAGUUGAGUCCAUUCUGGAUGGCUUCUCAAACUCGAAACAAUUCCUCAAAGUUUUGUAAAAUUUACCAUUCAUUCUAUGAGUUUUGAAAUUUUUGCCAAAUGGCUAGUUCCCAGUGACAUUUAUUUUAUUUAACUUUUAGAUAUGUCAUAUAUCAGUGGCUAUUUAAAAAUUCUGAAGAUGUCAUGGUACAAAUUGACCUUCUGCCUAUGCAUAAAGUCAUGUUGAAUAAGUUAGACAGUUUCAGAGGCCAAAAAGAUUAAUUUUUUCUUUAAUUUUAUAAAAUGUACACCUGCCCUGUUACCCUAGCUGCAAGCAGUGGUUUCUUUAGGCCAGACGCUACGCUAUGUCCUGUUGAAUUAAAGCAAAGUUUGUUUGAAAAAGGAUUCUUUUGAAGAAGGGCAAUUAUUUUUGUUAUAAAUUAUUUGAAGUUAGCAAUGACUGUCUGUUUCCUGUAUAGUGAGAUAACUUAAUUUAUUUAAAGACACUUCUUGAGAGACCAACAAUCCUUUUUUGAAAACCAAACAAGUAUAAAAAUUGCCUUUUCUCUUUGGAAUUUUGUGUUAAACAAACGUAUUGUGAAUAUGUCAGAAAUUGCUAUGCACAUGUAAAUAUGGAUGCCAAUGCCCCCUUGACAUCCCAUAGUGGUUUUUAAAUUCAUUGAAUUGACUAUGGCUUUUUUUGUGUCACUUUGCAGCUGUUCAAGACAUGUUGAAUAUGAAGGUGCAAGCUCAAAUCCAGUCUCAGCUAGGUGGAAUUCCUGCAAAGACUUAAACAUGUUCUCAAUUUUCUCUGUCAAAGUGACUUGUAUUGCAAAGCUCUUGGACUCACAAAUCCUGCUUUAACUUCACUUUUGUUGUUUGGAUCUACAGUGUACAAGGAAGAUAAUGUUAACUUUCACAAGACUCCAAACUUGUAACGGAAAUUCUGAUUUUCCCCCACACUGAGAAUAGAGGCUUUAUUCUCAGUAAAUUGUUCUAGACAUUUUCUCAAAAAUCAACUGGUCAAAACUGCUUCUUUCCAUAUGCGGUGUAAGGACAUUACUUCUUUGCAAAAGAUGGAAAACGUUUAUUUAAACACUGCAUUUGUUAUCCAAACAAGCUUUUGCUCUGUAAAAUACAACAAUCUAUCCAGAAAAAAAAAACAUGAAAUAGCCAGUUUACCAAUAAAGAGUAUGUCUAAAUUAAUUCUUGACAUUUGACUAAAUCUUCAUUUUUUUCAACACCCACCAAAAAUAAUUUGGUUUCAGACUAUCAGCACUUGUUCGAGAUUGUUAGUUUGUUACUCCACCUUAUUAGGGGACAAAAACAAAAAUUAAUCUAUAUUUUACUAAUUGACCUAGCAGCAAAAAAAUUUGAGAGAAAUUUAGUUCUAUAAAUUAAUGAUUUAUGCC